CCGCAUGAGCUCGCCACGGGCAACAAACCCAAUCUCGCCGGGCUACCUCGCUUUGGCGCCACAGUGUGGGUACGCAUUGACCCUGCAACCAAACUCGACGUCAAGUCAAAGCGCGGCCGUUGGGUUGGUUUUGACCUGCAAAGCAAAGGUCACCGGGUCUACUGGCCGGAC